CCAAGCGGUCAACAUGGAUGGCGUUCGCCCUUCAGGAGAAUUUUGAAAUCACCUUUUGGACGCGCGAUAGCCUCCCCCUUGGUCAGCAACACUGCGCUGACUUUCAGGAAUUUGUGAGGGUCGGCGAAGGAGCGAAGGAGGAACUGCACGAGGACAAAGAGAGUUGCCUAGCGAUGCUGCUGGAGUUGCACAACCAGGGCCAGGACCGCUGUGUCCUCGCCUGCACUGAGUGCAAGCAGCGGGUGAAGACAGGCUGGCACUGCCCCGGGUGCGAGGACUACGACCUUUGCAUCAACUGCUACAACACCAAGGGCCACACCCACAGGAUGGUGAAGGUGGGGCUGGGCCUGGAUGAAGAGGCAGUGGAGGGCGAUGAGGGCGGCAACCAGGGGGAGAUGCAGUUCAGGAGAAUCCAGGAGGCUCGGCGCCUCAGCUUCCUGCGCUGCAUCCAGACCCUGAGGCAUACCCGCCAGUGCCGAGACGCCAGCUGUUCUCGGACCAACUGCCAGAGGAUGAAGCGUGUUGUGCUGCACCCCAAGCGCUGCCAGCGUAAGGUCAAUGGAGGCUGCCCAGUGUGCAAGCAGCUAUUCGCCGUUUGCUGUUACCAUGCCAAACGCUGCCAAGAAAACCCAUGCCCCGUUCCCUUAUGCCUCAGCAUCAAACAGAAGCUCCUCGAGCAGCUGCUCCGGCUCCGCCAGCAGCGGAUUUGGAACCGCCUGCCGCAGGGGUAGCUCCUGCGCCAGCGGAUGCCACCAUGAACACCCGUCACGUGCCUCAGCAGUCCUCCAUCCCCUCCUUGAGCACCACCCUGGACACCCCCACAGCAGCCCAACACACCCCAGAAACCACAGCCUCCGACUCAGUCCCAGCCCUGGCCUGUAAGCAUGUCACUAGCCGGCUUCUUCAGCUCGGCCAGAACUCCGCCCCCAUCAG